UGGAGGGGCUGUGCCGGGGGCGUGGGGGGGCUUAAAAGGGAGAUGGGGUCCCCGGCACAGCCCCAUCGUGGUGGGGACACGGAGCUGGUGGGAUCGCACCAUGGCCUGGGCCCCUCUGCUCCUCGCGCUGCUCGCCCAUGGCUCAGGUUCCCUGGUCCAGGCAGCGCUGACUCAGCCCCCAUCGCUCUCAGUGGAGCCAGGAAAGAACGCCCAGAUCACCUGCUCCGGGAGCAGCAACAACUAUGGCUGGUACCAGCAGAAGGUGCCUGGCGGUGCCAUUGUCACUGUGAUCUACGGUGACACCAGGAGACCCUCGGACAUCCCUUCGCGAUUCUCUGGAUCCAGCUCUGGCUCCACGGGCACGUUAACCAUCACUGGGGUCCAACCCGAGGACGAGGCCGUCUAUUACUGUGGUGGCUACGAUGGCAGCAAUUAUGUAUUUGGGGCCGGGACCAUGCUGACCGUCCUAGGCCAGCCCAAGACGUCCCCCACUGUGUACCUCUUCCCACCACCCAGUGAGCAGAUCGAGUCUGAGGGCAAAGCCACCAUAGUGUGUCUGUUGGGAGACUUCUACCCCAGCUCCAUGCAGGUGACCUGGACGGCUGAUGGCAAAACCAUCAGCACUGGGGCCGACACCAGCAAGGCGGUGCGGCAGGCCAACAACAAGUACUUGGCCAGCAGCUACCUGACCCUGGGUGCCUCUGACUAUAAGAGCCACGAAACCUAUGCCUGCAAGGUCACGCACGAGGCUGGAGAUGUAGAGAAGAUCCUGAAUAGAUCCCAGUGCUCCUAACCCCACUGGGAUGUCCCUGUUCCCUGCGCACCCUCGUGCCCCCCCCUUCCCCACCAUGAGGGGCAGCGGUUCUCUCCCUGCUGCGGAUGUCCCCCAGUGCCCUGUUCCUGUCCCCCCACCCUGAGUGUCCCACAAAUAAACACCGACACUGAACUAGCGCUGCCUCAGCA